AUGGCCGCGGAGGAUGGCGGUUGUCGUCGGGGUGGCGGUAGCCGGUGGUGGUGGGUGGCGGUGAUUGUGGUCGAUGGUGGUGGCGACGACAACGGUGGGUGGUGGUCGUCGUCGGUAGCGGGUGGUGGUAGCGGAGGAUGGUGGUGGUGGUCGGCGGAGGGUGGCAGUAGUGAUCGGGGUGGCGGUGGUUUACGAUGGCGGGUGGCAGCGAUGGUAGUCGAUGGCGGCGGUGGCGGGCGGCGGUACAGUUCGGGAGCUAAAAAUGGACAAAACACUGCUUUGGACGGAUUGGAGUGGAACGGGUUAUGCAUGGAAGGAAAGAAGAGAAGAAACAAAGAAGUCAGGGCUCCACCAUCACUAAACCAAUCGGGUUUUCAAUACUCAACUCUUCCCUUUGGGCAAUCUUCGGGUAUUCAAGGGGAUGGAUAUGAUGACAGGUAUGAAGAGGAUUUUAGAGGGUAUGAAGAGGAAGGCUUUUCUUUUGGGGGUGAUGGAGGACAUUUGGGACCUCAAGGAGGAGCGGGUCAACAAAGUCAACCGAUUCAGCAGUUUCAAGACAUGGGUAGAUUACCGGUUGGGGUGCAACACAUUAGACCUCAAGGGCCACAAUUGCAACGCCCUACACCGCUACAUCAAGUGCGCCCUCAAAUUACACAACCACAAUUUCAAAGACCGAUUCAAUAA